AUGGAGGAAGAAAAAAUCAUAGAGCACAAAACUGUUACCACAAAGUUUGUGAAAUCUUCUCCUACACCAAAAAUUGUUAGAAUCUCAUAUACGGAUAAAUAUGCAACAGAUUCUUCAUCUGAAGAAGAACAAGAACAUAGCUUUAUUCAACGUGUAGUAACAAAGAAAAUGGUGAAAGAGAUUAUAUUUCAAACAUGUUCGACUCAUUCUAACAAGAAAAUCAAUAAGAAGAAACAUGAAGGCGGAGAAAAGUACAAUGUUGAUGGUGAAUGUGGUUUGAAAGAGAAAAAUGAGAGACAAGAACAAGUAAAAAGUGUUGAUCAAAAGUUCCGCGGUGUUCGAAGACGGCCGUGGGGGAGAUGGGCUGCGGAGAUUCGCGAUCCUCGGCUGGGAAGGAGAAGAUGGUUAGGAACUUAUGAUACAGCUGAAGAAGCUGCUUUGGUUUAUGAUAGAGCUGCAAUUGAGUAUAGAGGUGCUGAUGCUGUUACAAAUAUUAUCGAACCGCCGCAGAAGCAGAAACAUCAUGAAGAAGAGAAAGAACAAAAGAGAAAAUCGAAAAAUGUUGGAUUAGUAUGUGACAAAAAUGUUGAUGUUAAUGUUGUUGGUGCUAAUAAUUAUGUGGAUAAGGAUUGUAAUGGCAGUUCAUGUUCUUCAUGUGUUACUGAAAUUUGGAGUGAAAGGAAAAGUGUGACAGAAUGGAUUAAAGAGAUAUCAGGAGAAGAAUAUUUAGAUGAGUCAUUUGGUUCAUUUUCUUCUUACAAUGAAGAUGUUUUUCCAACAAUAGUUUCUAAUGAGAGUUCUUGCAUGGUUGAUAAUAUUCCUUUUCAUCUUGAAGAGGAUUUUGAGUCAUGUAAAUGGGAAGUUGAUAAUUAUUUCAAUGGCCCUUUAUCAAUCCAUGGAAAUUAUUGA